AUGCGUCCUACCCAUGCUAAUCGACUAGGAUCCACCGGCGUUUGGGACCGCACACUCCCAAAGACGCCAGCUAAACACGUGCGCUAUGAUCCCAGGCCACCGCCAAGGUACUGGGACAGGCCCUGGGGCGAGGAGGUGGAUACAAUGGAUCAAAUUAAGCAUGCGCGAAGUUCCUCCGAUCAGAGUGCCCUGCAACAGUUUGUGCGGUACUCAGACACCUCAUUAACCGACUACACCUCCCCUGCAUCCUCCGUUCACCUUAGAGAAGGCUGGCCUGAAGAUGUUGGCAGUGAUUCACCGUUCAUGCAACCGGACGCAUCUCGACAAAGCCUGCAACAAGACAGGUAUUUUAUAGCUCUUAACUGGUUGUAUAUUUACCCUGCAAUAUAA